AACGGGAUCAACCCUAGCUGAAGCUUGGAUCACUAAUUUACCCCUCUAGUUUUCAUUUUUGUAUAACUAAAAGAGGUAAAAUUUCCAAUAGUAUAACUUUUAAGAAAUUUUCUACUGUCAAGAUGACUCAGUACAUAGUAUAUACUCUGUUUCCGUCUCAUUUUAAUAGUAGUCUCCUCGGGUGAACUAAAACAGUAUAACAAAAUGGACAUCGGAAGUGAUAUGAAAUAUAAAUGCAAGCCAUAUAUCAGUUCGUUUGUUCAAACUGUGUCAACAUUAACAUGGUCUUGAUUCCCACUCAUUAGCACGGUAGCACCACACUUUAGUAGAAGCAUAUAAAAGCUUUCAGUUCUUGUCAUAAUUACUUCAAGAUUCUGGGAGAACAGAAGGUAUUAAAUAUGGAAAAUCAUCACCAUAAAAGCCAAGUGAUGGCUUCUGAGGAAAGUUGUACUGAUGAACCACAACCCAGUGUAGAAGUUGAAGCUAAGAAAAUGGUAGCUGGUUAUAAAGUUGCAUUCUAUAAGCUAUUCUCUUUUGCUGAUCCUCUUGAUUAUGCUUUGAUGGUUGUUGGGACAAUCACUGCUGUCGCGGCCGGGAUUAGUGUACCCCUUCUGGCUUUGCUCUUUGGGGAGGUCAUAAACUCAUUUGGUCAGAAUGUGAAAGCAGAACAAAUCUUACAUGAGGUUUCUAAGGUAUCUUUGAGGUUUGUUUUCUUGGCUGUAGGCGCCGGCGCUGCAUCUUUCUUGCAGGUGACUUGUUGGAUGAUAACAGGGGAGAGGCAGGCUGCUAGGAUUAGAAGCUCUUACUUGAGAUCUUUAUUAAUGCAAGACAUUGCAUUCUUUGACAAGGAAAUCAGUACAGGCGAAAUAAUCGAGAGGAUAUCAAGUGAUACUAUUUUGAUUCAAGAUGCAAUGGGGGAAAAGGUAUGGUGUAUUACAAUGUUAUGAUGGAGAAAAUGAAGUGUACUGGGAAGCAUCGUUUCAAGUUGAUUAUGAUACUUCUUUCUUUGAAAAAAAAAAAAAAACAGGUUGGAAAAUUCAUACAGUUAUCAUCCUCAUUUUUUGGAGGCUUUGUAGUUGCUCUAAUUAAGGGCUGGCUGCUCGCGUUGGUCUUGAUAUCUUCGAUUCCCCCUCUUAUACUUACCUCAUCUGUUAUGAGUUUCCUGAUGACGAAGUUAGCAUCCCGUUCACAGGCUGCUUAUUCGGUAGCAGCAACAGUUGUGGAACGGACGCUCAGCUCUAUUAGAACAGUGAGAAUUUUGUUUUUAAGGUAUUUUUCUUCAAAUAGUUUUGAUAGUAAUUUCACCCUAUUCUAAAUAUAGGUUGUAUCUUUCACUGGGGAAAGACAAGCUAUAGCUGAAUACGACAAGUCCCUGAAUAAAGCAUACAGAUCAGGAGUGCAUGAAGGAUUAGCCGCAGGGUUGGGCUCUGGUGUUUUCAUGUGUGUCUAUUUUUGCAGCUACGGUUUGGGCAUUUGGUUUGGUUCGAAGAUGAUUUUGGAAAAGCGUUAUACAGGAGGAGAUGUCCUGAAUGUAAUCAUGGCUGUGCUUGUAGGAUCCUAUUCCAUUGGGCAAGCAUCCCCUUGCUUGAGCGCAUUUGCUUCGGGAAAAGCUGCAGGUUUCAAAAUGUUUCAGAUAAUGAACAGAAAGCCAGAUAUCAAUCAUUGUAAUCCUAGUGGCCUGAUAUUGGAUAACAUUGAUGGCACUAUUGAACUGAAAGAUGUCCAUUUUAGUUAUCCAGCGAGGCCGAAUGAGAAGAUAUUCAAUGGAUUUUCUAUUUCAAUACCAAGUGGAACAAAUAUGGCUUUGGUUGGACGAAGUGGAAGUGGAAAGUCCACAGUUAUUAGCCUUAUUGAGAGGUUUUAUGACCCACAGGUAGGUGAAGUCCUAAUAGAUGGAAUCAACAUCAAAGAGUUUCAGCUCAAGUCAAUCAGAAGCAAAAUUGGUCUUGUCAGCCAGGAACCAAUGUUGUUCUCCUUGAGCAUUAAGGAUAACAUAGCCUAUGGGAAGGACAAUGCAACUCUUAACCAAAUCAAAGCUGCUGCAGAGCUUGCAAACGCCGCGAAAUUCAUAGACAAGCUACCUCAGGGAUUUGACACGAUGGUUGGUUCGCAUGGAAGUCAGCUGUCUGGAGGACAAAAGCAGAGAAUCGCAUUAGCGAGAGCGAUUCUAAAAGAUCCUAGAAUUCUAUUGCUGGAUGAAGCUACAAGUGCUCUGGACGCAGAAUCUGAGAGGAUUGUGCAAGAAGCACUGAACAGGGUCAUGGUUAACCGAACUACUGUUGUUGUAGCGCAUCGCUUGAGCACAGUGAAGAAUGCUGAUGUAAUUGCUGUUCUUGAGCAAGGGAAAAUUGUUGAAAAAGGUUCACAUAUUGAGCUUCUACAAGAUCCUGAAGGAGCAUACUCUCAGCUCACAAGGUUGCAACAACAUACUGAAAAGCCAGAUGAUCUUUUGGUGUAUAAUCAUGAUGACUCCGAGAUUACAGCAGAUUCAGGACGUCAUUCAAGCAAGAGAAUCUCCUUAUCAAGAUCCAUAAGCCGGUGUUCUUCUGGAUUAGGAAGUAGUAGCAGGCGCCAUUCAGUCCGCAUUGGAAUUGGUCUGCCUGCUGUGGUUGGCAUGCUGGAAACCAAAGAUGAUGAAUUCCGGGAAUCAGAUUCUCCAUCAUUAACGACCUGUCAAGAUUUUUCGCUACUCCGCUUGGCCUAUCUGAACAAACAAGAAAUUCCAGAGUUGAUAUUCGGUUCCCUAGCAGCAGUUGUUACAGGUGUACUGCUACCAAUUUUUGGGAUCAUUAUUUCCAGAGCUAUCAAAACUUUCUAUGAGCCUGCUCAUGAACUUCAAAAGAAAUCAAAACUAUGGGCAUUACUUCUUGUGGUUAUAGGGAUUACUAAUUUGCUCGCAACACCGUUGAAAACUUACUUCUUUGCUAUGGCAGGCUGUAAGCUAAUUAAGCGCAUCCGGUUAAUGUGCUUUGAAAAAAUAGUCCAUAUGGAGAUAAGCUGGUUUGAUAGGCAGGAAAAUUCAAGCGGUAAAAUUAGUUCCCGUCUUUCAGUUGAUGCAACAUCUGUGAGAAGUGUCGUUGGAGAAUCGCUUUCUUUCUUUGUUCAAAAUAUUGCAACAGCUUUGGCUGGUUUGAUCAUUGGAUUUGGAGCAAGCUGGGAACUAUCCUUCAUAACAUUAUUCAUGCUUCCUCUGAUCGGUCUAAAUGGAUAUAUGCAGAUGAAGUUCGUUAAAGGAUUUAGUACAGAUGCCAAGAAAAAGUAUGAGGAUGCCACUCAAGUAGCAAGUGAUGCAGUAGAAACUAUUAGGACAGUUGCAUCCUUUUCUGCAGAGGAUAAGGUAAUUCAACUGUAUGAGAGGAAAUGUAAAGACCCGAUAGAAGCUGGAACUAGACAAGGACUGUAUAGUGGGAUAGCAUAUGGUUUUUCCAUGUUCUUGCUAAACUCAUCAUAUGCAACAAUAUUCUAUGCUGGAGCUCAACUCAUUAAGGCUGGCAGGAUAACCUUUGCUGAAGCUUUUCAAGUCUUCUAUGGUUUAAGCUUGGCUGGGGUAGCUAUUUCUCAAUCAAGUGCUCUCAGUCCAGACACUAGCAAAGGAAGAAGCGGCGCUAGUUCCAUCUUCACAAUCCUCGACCAAAAGUCGAAAAUUGAUUCCAGUGAAAAUACAGGAACUAUAUUGGAUAAUGUUAAAGGAGAUCUUGAAUUUCAGCAUGUCAGUUUCAGAUAUCCUAGUAGACCUGACAUUGAGAUUUUUAAAGAUCUUUGUUUGACAGUUGAGUCUGGAAAGAUUGUUGCUCUGGUUGGAGAAAGUGGUUGUGGGAAAUCAACUGUUAUAUCAUUGCUACAAAGGUUUUACGAUCCUGAUUCUGGUGAAAUCACACUAGAUGGUGUAGGGCUGAGAAGAUUGAAUUUGAAAUGGUUAAGAUCACAGAUGGGACUGGUUAGUCAAGAGCCAAUUUUAUUUAACGGCACAAUCCGAACCAAUAUUGCAUACGGGAAAGAGGGAACUGCUACAGAAGCUGAAAUCAAAGCCGCAGCAGAGAUUGCAAACGCUCACAAUUUCAUUAGUGGACUACAACAGGGAUAUGAUACAAUAGUAGGUGAAAGAGGCAUACAGCUAUCGGGUGGACAGAAACAAAGAGUGGCAAUUGCAAGAGCUAUGGUAAAGUCCCCGAGGAUCUUACUACUUGAUGAGGCCACUAGUGCUCUUGAUGCCGAAUCUGAGAGAGUAGUGCAAGAUGCAUUGGAUCAAGCUAUGGUUGGGAAGACCACAAUCGUGGUGGCACACAGGCUAUCCACCAUUAAGACUGCAGACUUGAUUGCUGUCAUUAAAAAUGGAACUAUUGAAGAGAAAGGAAAACACGAAAGUUUGAUCAGUGUCAAGGAUGGCAUUUAUGCUUCCCUUGUAGCAUCCUAUGCGGCCACUGCACAUAAAUGAAGCAUAAACAGAUUUGUUUGGUAUGAAAUAAGGUACAGGUUGAACCUCUGUAUAGUACCAUUCUUCACGUUCAAUGAAUCUCUCGCAACUUCCAAUGGCUAGUUCCUGCAUGACGAUGGCUGUACGAUGAGUGUGUUUUUCAUCCUGGUUCUCUGAUUAGGAUCUAGCUAUCACUUUUUCAGUGAGACAAUUGAGCCCAGGACACCACUCAUGGCCUGAUUAACAGAUGAUGUAUAGGUGCGAAGAUUCUGCUCGCAGUUCAGUCUUCAUUCCUGUACUGAAUAGGGGGGAUUAAAACUUUUCAGGAAAAUAAACCUUCAUCUAUUUCCUGCGACACUUUCUUCUUUUUUCUUCAUUCAAAAGAAGUUACUGAAGACAGCCUGCAAUAUGCAACCAAAAAAAAAAAAAAGAAGUUACUGAAGACAGAAUAUCAAAUAAACUACUAAGGUAAAUAUUUCUAUACACCAGAGAGUUG